AUGUCGCACACGGUCACUAUAACAAGGACAACAGCAACUACCUCUGGCACUGCCCUCUUCGUCAACACCGGCUACUUGGGCACCUUACCUGGCCUACUCAAGCUCGCCCAAUUGUUACUGGGAGCAGCUUGCGUCGGAGUAGUGGGCUACUACUUUGAACCACGCUACGCAAGAUACAAUGACCAGAAGCCGGAACUGUUCUUCUUUCUCAUCGCAGUUGCCUUUUUAAUAGGGACUUUCUGUUUACUGACUUCGUGUCUCAUAUCGUUUUCAACAGCUACUAUGAUUUCCAAGACUAUUUAUGAAGUUAUAUACCACGGGACAGCGUUUGUGCUCUACCUUGCGGCAGGACUCACUUUGAUUAUAGAAGUUAAUCAUCGAAAAAGCGGAUAUAGAAACGAUUUCGAGCCUUAUUUAGCUGCUGCUAUCAUGGGUCUAGUGUUAGCAGGACUAUAUUUACUGAGUACGUUUUUGGCCAACAGAUCCUACCGAGGCUUAUAA